AUGUUUCCUCAAGAGUGUUCAAACUUGUACCAACACCAGGAGGUAAUCACUGUAAAUCCAUUAGAUCCUACUGGACUGUUCUAUACACUUUUGCAGCGUUCAUCAAGACAAGUUAUUAGAGCAUGUUCCGUUCAGGAUCUUGAGUUUAUCUGCAAGGCUUUUCAUGUUUCCUUCUUAACAGAAGAUGUUGAGGCUUGCAUUGAAACUCUCUUUGAGAAGGGUAUUUGUAAGGAAGCUGAAGAAGAUACUGCGUGCACUACUGAGGAACUCAUGAGAGUGAUCGCAUACCAGCGAGAUAUGUGUGAGCUGAGUGAUUUUUCAAAAUCUUUCAACGACUGUUCUGUAUUCCGGCCUCAUAGGGAGUCUGAAGUUGACGAGGACGUUGUUGUGGUCGGAUAUGGUCUAUUAGAUGAGUUGAUAUCCAAUGCUAGGGGACAGCUAGGUCUAACUGCUUCCAAGGCUCGAACAAAAUUUUCCCUGUUCAAGAAUACCACCCCGUCCUUUGCUGAAAAGCUUGCGAACAGAAUAAAAAUGAUGCAGGCGACGUUGGCCAGAUUGCAGACCAUGGAAAAUGAAAUGGUCAAGAUGAAACAUGAGCAUUCCGAGACCAAGAACCGACUGGAAGCAACAGAAACAAGGGUGCAAACGCUCACCAAAGCAAACGGUUUGCUAUCUUCAAGACUUAGCGAAACAGAAACCAGACUAGCCGAAACAAAGCAAACGCUCACCAAAGCAAAUGAUUUGCUCGCUUCAAGACUUCGCGAAACAGAAAGCAGACUCAAUGAAACAGAAAGCAGACUCCACAACACAGAAUCAAAACUACAACAAGGUAUUACCCAAUCGGAGUUGCUAGUCAAUAUUUUAAGAGGAUAUCCUAAUCAAAAUUAG